UGGGAAAACGCCAUUUCAGUUGCUUGUUGGAGUAGAUAUGCGGCUCAAAGAAGAUGUUCAAAUUAGGGAGUUAAUUGAAGCAGAGUGGAUGACGCAAUUUGAAGAAAACCGAUGUGCGUUACGUGAGGAGGCAGCAAAGGCGAUAACCGAAGCCCAAGAAAGAAACAGAAGAAACUAUAACAAAGGAAGAAAGGAUGCCAAGCAGUAUGAGAGUGACGAUUUAGUGGCCAUAAAAAGGACGCAGUUUGGAGCGGGUCUAAAACUGAAAGGUAAAUUUUUGGGUCCGUAUCGCGUAGUGCGAGCGUUGCGGAAUGACCGCUACACGGUUCAAAAGGUUGGGGAGCAUGAGGGCCCAAAUCAAACGUCACCGACUGCCGAUUUUAUGAAGCUUUGGACUGCCAACGACGAGGAUGAAGAUUCAAACAGCAGCGAGGUAGAAGAAGACAUCUGA